AUAGUAUGCAUGUAACCGUACCGCAUCCCGUCUUCGUUUGAUCAGUGGAAACGCAUACUCGACGCGAUUCCAGCAUUCUAAUAACCGUGUCCAGUUGCAAAGCAUGCCUACAACGGCACUGCGUUACCGUGAUAAAACGGGAGACAGUGUUAGCGAACAUGCACAUCGAAGAUAGUAACUUUCGUUAAAAGAGCGUGGGAGUAGCGACGAGAGUUGUUUGCCGGUGUACCAGGGUUGAUCUUAGUCGUAACCGUGAGUUCGCUGCGCUCGCGGUUCGCGUCUGUUCUCGUUGACAAAAUGUCUGGAAAAAUAGUCGGAUGCUGUCUGUUCUGGACAUUAUUCUACGCGUACCACGUGGUCUCAGAGACUCUGCCAUCAACGGAUGUAGACGAUGUACUAGUAUUUACUGUUGCUACUGCCGAAACUGAUGGGUACAGGAGAUAUCUUUCAUCCGUGGAUACCUAUGGAUUUCGGAAUAACUUGAACGUGCUGGGAAUGGGAGAAACUUGGCAAGGCGGCAAUAUAAUGACUCAUGCAGGAGGAGGAUAUAAAAUUAAUCUUUUGAAGAAAGCUCUGGAAAACUAUAAAGACGACAAAGAGAAGAUUAUAUUAUUUACAGACAGUUACGAUGUGAUAUUUUUGGGUGGCUUAGCAAAAAUAGUCGACAAGUUCAAAAACAUGAAUGCCAGAAUAUUAUUUUCUGCGGAGGGAUCGUGUUGGCCAGACAAAUCCCUAGCAUCCAAGUAUCCGAUCGCGACGCAAGGGAAGCGUUUUCUAAAUUCAGGAGGCUUCGUCGGUUAUUUUUCAGAUAUCUAUGAAAUUCUACAUUAUGCUGCUAUAGAAAACACAGACGACGAUCAGCUGUUCUUUACUAAAGCCUACCUCGAUGAGAAUUUACGAGAAAAGCAUAAUAUUAAGUUGGAUCAUAAAUCCGACAUAUUUCAUAAUCUCUAUGCAGCCGUGGCUGACGUGGAGUUGAAAUUCGAGGGUGGAAAAGCUUCGCUCGUCAAUAGCGUUUACAACACAAAACCAUUGAUUCUUCACGGAAAUGGUCAUAGCAAAUUGUCUUUAAAUUCGUUAGGAAAUUAUCUGGCUCAGGCUUGGAAUUCUGAGACAGGGUGCGUUAUGUGCUGGGAAGACACGAUAGAACUGAAUAAAACAAUGCCAGAAACAUACCCGGUCGUAGUAAUCGCCAUAUUCAUUGAGAGGUCCACUCCUUUCUUGGAAGAGUUUUUCGGACUGAUAUAUAAUCAAGCUUAUCCAAAAUCAAAGCUGCAUCUAUUCGUUCGCAACAAUGUAGAGUACCAUCAGCCCAUCGCAAAUGAGUUCAUGAGGAAGCACGCGAGAGAAUACAGGAGCUACAAGCAAAUCCUUGCCAGCGAUAACGUUAACGAAGUCGAUGCGAGGAACUUGGCAAUGGACUACUGUUUGCUGAAGCAAUGUUCUGGAUAUUUCUCUGUCGAUUCAAUUUCACAUUUGGACAACGAGUACACGUUGAAGCUGCUGGUGGAGCAGCAACGAGGAAUCGUUGCACCGUUGUUGGUCAGGCCAUACAAAAUGUGGAGCAACUUCUGGGGUGCAAUUAUGGACGACGGAUUUUAUGCCAGGAGUUUCGAUUAUCUCGAAAUCGUAAAGAACGAAAGAAGGGGGCUAUGGAAUGUACCCUUCAUCAACAACUGUUACUUGAUCAAUGCCACAUUAAUCAGUAACAAAGAGACUCGUCCAUCCUACUCGGAGGGGGAUAUGGACACCGAUAUGGCUUUUGCUCAUGCCAACAGAGAACGACUUAUCUUCAUGUAUGUCAGCAACAGAGUCGACUUCGGACAUCUCGUUAAUCCAGACAGUUAUGACAUUUCUAUGACCAAUCCCGAUAUGUACCAAAUGUUGGACAACAAAUUGGACUGGGAGAAAAGAUACAUACAUGAAAAUUAUUCAGAGAAUUUUAAUCCCGACAAGACACCCAUUCAGCCCUGUCCGGACGUAUAUUGGUUCCCCAUUGUUAACGAGAGAUUUACCAAGGAGUUGGUACAAAUUAUGGAAGCGUAUGGAAAGUGGUCCGAUGGAACAAAUAAUGAUCCCAGAUUAACGGGUGGUUACGAGAACGUACCAACCCGUGACAUUCAUAUGAAUCAAGUGAACUAUGAACCGCAGUGGCUAUACUUCUUAAAGGAGUACGUUAGACCCCUGCAGGAGCUUGUGUUCACCGGAUAUUAUCACGACCCACCUCGAGCUCUAAUGAAUUUCGUUGUGAGAUAUCGGCCUGACGAACAACCAUUAUUGAAACCACAUCACGACAGUUCCACCUACACGAUAAACAUCGCCCUAAACAGGGCAGGAGUGGAUUACGAGGGCGGAGGCUGCAGAUUCAUUCGAUACAAUUGUUCUGUGACGGACACCAAACCAGGCUGGAUGUUGAUGCACCCUGGAAGAUUGACUCAUUACCACGAAGGGCUCAGAGUCAACAAUGGUACUCGAUACAUCAUGAUCUCGUUCAUUGAUCCUUAAUCAAGUGAAUAGAACGUAGGAUAGUCCGAACACUAAUUUAAAGAGUUGAGCAUGUUGUUAGUUGACUGCGAACGUUCGUACAAACUUGGAAUUUUAUAUUGCGAUGAGAAUUGAUUUUAUAGUUUGUUUUACUGCGUUUUCAGUAUUUUCAUAAACAUAAUGCUUAAACUUCCGCAGUCAAAUUAUUUAGAGUAAGAGGAAAACUAACACUUGCAAGUAUUUCUUGCCGUUUGAUCCGCAUGUACAUCGACCGGAUAGGAACAUUAGUGAGGGGACUUAAUGACAGAGCGAGAUAACGUGUUGCAUUUAAGGAAGGAGAACCUAUUCCAUCUAUCGAUGUUAUUUUUCUAAUAAUGUAGGGAACAGGUACGCGAGAGAAUUAACGACGAAGCACGAGCGUUUGUACGUAAAUAAAAGAGAAUUAUUAGGUUGCAUUUUUACU